ACGGAAUGUUUGCCCGUCACCGAAGUAUUUUUAGAAAUCAACGAAGGGAAAGAGAAAGUAGGAAAACUAGGUCAUAACCACAUAAAGUUAGAGAAAAUGAUCAGUUGGAAAAGAACGUGGUAUUUUUAAUCACUGAUAGAGAAUGUCCAGUGAUGUUCAGGAAACAGAUACAGAACCUCUCCUUCCUCAUCAUGAGCUCACAAUUGGUGCUUCAGAAAUAUCAAUAAAUGAUCCAGACUCCAAGAAACAAAAUCUGUGUUCACAAGUUUAUACCUUUGUCUUCAUAAAGAUAAAAAGCAUUCUGUCAACAAAAUAUUUUUGGAAAUGUGUAUUACUUGGACAGUUUAUUUCGUUGUUAUUAUGUGGAACAGCUGUGACUAGUGGACUGUUGUCUCGUAAAGGGGUCCACACUCCCACAGCCCAGUCAUUUCUGAAUUAUGUUUUAUUAUGUCUGAUAUUUACUGUAAGUCUUGCCUGUCGCCGUGGUGAUAGAUCUUUAGGAUACAUUUUGAAGACCUCAGGAUGGAAGUAUUUCAUCAUUUCAUUGGCUGAUGUUGAGGCUAAUUAUCUAGUCGUUAAAGCAUACUCUUAUACAACUGUUACUAGUGUUCAGUUGUUGGACUGUUUUAGUAUUGUUACUGUACUGUUGUUGUCGUAUUUUGUGUUGCGUGUGAGAUACCACUUUGUGAAUGGCGUAGGUGUAGUGACGUGUUUCCUAGGACUGAUAGCGCUUGUAUUAACAGAUUCAUUAACAGGGAAUAACAAAGAUAAUGAUGGAGCUUCCAACAAAGUUCUUGGUGAUAUUUUUUGUGCUGCUGGUGCUUUUUUAUAUGGUGUGUCAAAUGUGGCAGAAGAAUUUGUUGUGAAGAACUUUGAUAGAACAGAGUUUCUGGCUAUGCUUGGGUUGUUUGGAAGUCUUAUAAAUGGAGUCCAGUUUGCAGUAUUUGAAAGACAUGAACUUGAAAAUGUGGAUUUUUAUUCAGCAGAAAUUGUUAUAUGUUUUGUUGGUUUUACUAUAUGUCAGUUUGCCUUGUAUACAUGUAUGACUAUAGUUAUACAACAGACCAGUGCCACAACCGUCAACAUUUCACUCCUGACAGCUGACUUUUAUACAUUGCUCUUAGGACUGUUCCUUUUUAAAUAUCAGUUCCAUGGUUUAUAUUUUGGCUCGUUUGCAGUAAUUUUAAUAGGAGUAGCUAUUUAUGCCACAAAGGAACCAGAAAGAAAGAUAGAAGAACCAGAAAAGACAAAUAAAGAACCAGUUGCAACACAAUGAUAUUAUUAUUAUUUGGAUAUUAUAUUUACUUUUGUAUGUUUACUAUUUAAUACAAAAAUCACAAUAAUGAGCGCUGUAUAACCCUUUGUGAAAGAUGAUCAAAGAUAUUUACUGCCAUUUGGCCUAAAAGAGUCAUGCAUUAUUGAAAAUGUUAUACAAAUAGGGUAAAUUGUUUAAACAGUCAUAUUUUUAUUUUUACUGUCUCAUUUCCAAAGUAUUUUAGGUAAAGAAAAAAUGAAUAUAAUGUUUAGAAAAGUUUAAAAAAAAUUGUUUUUUAAUAUGGAAUACAUGAAAGUGAGAAUAUUUUUAUUACAUUUUUUAUUAAUCUCAAUUUUAAUUUUGUUUUGUAAUAUUCAUUCACAAUAAUAUGAUAUGACCAAUGACCCUAAGCUUUAUUUGUUAAGCAUAAAUAAAGCAGUACAUCAAUAGAUAAAUAAAAGCAAUAACUUGCCAAAAAAUGUUAAAAUUAAUAUUUCUUAAAAGAAUGCAUUUAUGAAAGAAGGCAUUGAACAAUAGAUUUUCUAGUUCUUGGUUACUUAGAUUUGGUACGGACAAUUCAAAAUGUUUUGAGAGAGAGAGAGAUAACCUAAUGUUGUUGUUUUUUUUAUUAUAACUAUGUUAUACAUAGACUAUUAGACUAUUACUUGUAACUGUAUACAUUCCUGUAUAAAAAUAUUUUUCUUUAGUUAGCUUGUCAAUAUUGGACAAUUUUUUCAGCUAAUUGCAUUAUAUUUAUUUGCUUCCUAUUUCAAAUGUUUAUCCGGAAAUUCUAUGGUAUUUUUUACGAUAUAUUUAUUAAGUUUUUUUUAUGUUAACAGGAAUAUUUCUACUUUAAUCUGCUUUUGCUUGCUACUGCUUUUAAACUUAUAUUAUAUUCUAUUAUAGAUUUAUGUUUGUAAACUAUGUUGGGGAAACUUUGGAUUCAAUUUUGUUGAAAUGAAUUAUACCUUUGGUAGAAUAUAAAGUGUCUUUCAGGAAGUAUCAAUUCUUUUUGAAAUCUAUUUCUCUAAUAACCUAUCUAGGAAGAUAUUCCAUCUGUAAUUUUUUUAGAAUCUUUUUCUGCAAAGAGUUACAAAUCCAGAAAGUUUCUAUCAAGAACAUAUUUUCUAACUUGCAUGGGACAGUUUUCUACUGAUGUAUUUUUAACAUGCAUUGGACAGUUUUCUACUGAUGUAUUUUUAACAUGCAUUGGACAGUUUUCUACUGAUGUAUUUUUAACAUGCAUUGGACAGUUUUCUACUGAUGAAUUUUUAACAUGCAUUGGACAGUUUUCUACUGAUGUAUUUUUAACAUGCAUUGGACAGUUUUCUACUGAUGUAUUUUUAACAUGCAUUGGACAGUUUUCUACUGAUGUAUUUUUAACAUGCAUUGGACAGUUUUCUACUAAUGUAUUUUUAACAUGCAUUGGACAGUUUUCUUAAGAUGUAUUUUUUAAUGUGCAGUCUUUUAAAUAAGGAAGAUAAAUAUAAAACUAAAAUAUAAACAGUUCUGUGAGAGGAGUUUAAUCUCUAACAGUCAUUAUUUUGUGUAUACUGAAUAUUUUAUAAUGUUAUUAUUUCUUAAAAAAUUAAAUUUCAAUUUCAAUACAUGCAACAUUUUUUAAGAUUGCAAUAAUUUAUACAAAUAAAAAGAAUAAAAGUAUUAAAGAAUUUCUGGAUUGACAGUAGUUAAAUUAAUUGAUCUAUCUCUCUUACAUGUAUAUAACUUUUGUACCCUUGAUAAUUUUUAUUAUGUGUGAAUUAGUUUGUUUAUGAGAUUGAAUACAUAACUGAAAAGACAUAUUUACACUUGAAUGCAAAUUUGUCCGCCAUUAUGUAAAAUCAGACAUCAGACAAGUGCCCGUAAAUGUUGACAUCACACUUGAAAAAUUUGAUGUCACAAUAAAAUAAAAAUUGUUGCUUGACGUCAGAAGAUUAUCCAGUGCAGAUCUAAGGUCAUUUGAAAACAAAAUUCAGCUGAAUACCAAAAAAGUUAAUACAUUUAUUAUAUAAUAUGAUAUAGUAACAAGUAUCCUAGUCUGAAAAUUCAAAUCUUAAUGUGUUUAGUUUGUUAUGAUUUAUUUUUUAAUUGUAAAAAUUUUUAAUGAAAAUGAGCCCUUCACAUACAUUGCCAACAUAUUAUAUUAUUAAGACAAUAUGAGAACAAAUAACUGUAGUGUACUGUAAAUUUAGAAAUUAUUGAGUGCAUUUAUUAUUGGGAAUCAUUGAUUAUUGUGAGGUCUGAUAAAUGCAAUUGCAAAAAUUUUGAGAAUUAAAAUCCAAACUGAAAUUAAUGAUAUGAUAUAACAAGAAUGUGUCUCCAUUACACAGAUGCCCAAUUCACCCUAUCAUUUUCUAUGUUCAGUGGACAGUUAAAUUAGGGAAAUCUUAUUUGGCAUUAAAAUUAGAAAAAUCAUAUCAUAGGGAACAUGUGUACUGAGUUUCAAUUUGAUUGAUCUUCAACUUCAUAAAAAAACUACCUUGUCCAAAAACUUUAAACUGAAGCAAGACAGACGAAAAAACGAACAACCAAACGAACGAAAAGACUAAUGAACAAAAGAUGAACGGAUGGAAGAAUGAACAGACACACCGACUAGAAAACAUAAUGCCCUGUUCUAUCGUAGAUGGGGCAUAAUAUGAUAGGUGGGGCAUAAAAAUAAGAACAUGUGGUAUGAUCGCCAUUGAGACAUCUCUCCACAAGAAACCAAAUUAAAUGACACAGAAAUCAAUAUUGUGAAACCCAAUGCUGUCACAUUAUCACAAUAAUAUCUAAAUUUACAGUAUGUGUAGUAAGAUUUCAAAGGUAGAAUGUGCAAUAGUGUUAUCAUUGUGAUAUUUUUUUUAAUACAGUGAAACCUGUUUAAAUUGAACCUCUUCAGGAUUUAAGACUUUGUUCAGUUUUGACCAAUGUGUUUUGUCAGGUUCACAACACUCACAAUUUGAUAAGAUGGAGCUUAAGAACAUUUUUGGUUUAUACAAGUUUUUGGUUUUUGCAGGAUUCAUUUUAGCCAGGUUUUACUGUAAAAUGAUAGGAAAACAUGUUUAUUAAAAUUGCUAGUUGUUAAUGUUUGCUUGUCACAAUUUUGCCAUAAUCUGGUUACUGGAAACUGUUUUUUUACAUAAUGUUGAAAUAUAGUGAAUAAACAUUCCACCAUUUA